CAAAGGCAGAGUGUGGCUGGUUUUCUCUCUCUCAGCAUCUCCACCCUACGAGCUAAAAACCGCUUCACAUCUCUAGGGGUCACCAAGCUAUGGAACUUGAUUUUGGACACUUUGACGAAAGAGAUAAGGCGUCCAGAAACAUGCGAGGCUCCCGUAUGAAUGGCUUGCCCAGCCCCACUCACAGCGCCCACUGUAGCUUCUACCGGACGAGGACCUUACAGGCCCUGAGCAAUGAGAAGAAGGCCAAGAAAGUCCGUUUCUACCGCAAUGGGGACCGCUACUUCAAGGGGAUUGUGUACGCCGUCUCCGGCGACCGCUUCCGAAGCUUUGACGCCUUGCUGGCUGAUCUGACCCGGUCUCUGUCCGAUAACAUUAACCUGCCUCAGGGAGUUCGCUACAUUUAUACCAUCGAUGGCGGCAGAAAGAUUGGGAGCAUGGACGAGCUGGAAGAAGGAGAAAGUUAUGUCUGUUCGUCAGACAACUUUUUCAAGAAAGUGGAGUACACCAAGAACGUCAACCCUAACUGGUCUGUCAAUGUCAAAACCUCGGCCAACAUGAAAGCACCUCAGUCACUGGCCAGCAGCAACAGUGCCCAGGCAAGGGAGAACAAAGAUUUUGUCCGUCCCAAGCUGGUGACCAUCAUCCGGAGCGGGGUGAAGCCAAGGAAGGCUGUGCGUGUCCUCUUGAACAAGAAGACGGCACACUCCUUUGAGCAAGUUCUUACCGAUAUCACAGAAGCCAUAAAGCUGGAAACAGGGGUGGUCAAGAAGCUAUACACCCUGGAUGGAAAGCAGGUGACCUGUCUGCACGAUUUCUUUGGGGAUGAUGAUGUGUUCAUUGCCUGUGGUCCAGAAAAAUUCCGCUAUGCACAAGACGACUUUUCUCUGGAUGAAAACGAGUGUCGGGUAAUGAAAGGGAACCCUCCUUCUACCCCAGGCAGCAAGUCCUCUCCGACACCUCAGAAGAGCUCUGCAAAGAGUCCAGCUCCUGUGCGUCGCAGCAAAUCCCCAGCUGAUUCAGGUAACCAUCAAGAUGCAAAUGGAACAUCUAGCAGCCAACUGUCAACGCCCAAGUCGAAGCAGUCCCCAAUCUCCACACCUACCAGUCCAGGGAGCCUCCGUAAGCACAAGGACUUGUACCUGCCUCUGUCCUUGGAUGACUCUGAUUCCCUUGGAGACUCCAUGUAAAGAAAAUCCAGUUCCCUGUGUCCAUAGUACACACUCGGUUUUAGAUACAGUGCAGUCCUUCUGCCAAAAGGAGCAGAGAGGUCACUGGUGCUUGCAAACCAAUCCAAGGACGCAAAGUUAUGUCUUUUUUGUUUUAAUGUUUUCCUAUGAUUUCUCCUCUGUGCCACAAAACCAACACCUAUCAACCAACAGAGAUAAAGGGAUAUCAACACAUUGAGUAACUUCAUAGGAAAGCAAAAUGAUCAUUGUUGGCAGUUUGAAGUGAAGGUGUCCAUGAAGUUAUGACCUUCUCAUGCUUUUCAUUUGUCUCUUCUCCUACUCUGACAUGCUGAAUUUAUGACUGGCUUUGUAGAAGAUGACAAUUUUCUUUUGCAAGUAUUGCAUUAGCAAAUGUCAUAGUUCUGUUCUUAGGCGAAAUGGGAAGCAGGUCUAUCCACCAGCACCUUUUCCAAAUACUGAGGAACACCAGCAAAAGCCGAUCUGCUUCCAGUGUUGGGUCUCUAAGCUCAACACCUGCUUUUUGUCUGACACCAAUUGUGGUCAGUUCAGGCCAGUGGGGAGAAAUGUAUUACUUUAACAACUUCUCUAGAAGAUGCCAGCACAAAGGGGAAAGGGACAAUAUUGAGGAAUCAAAAGCUACCCUUAGUGACUUUACUCUCAAAUUGGACACUGGGGUAUGUUUAAUACAUGCACAAGGAUAUUUCAGUUGUGUGGGAUGUUGACAUAAAUGCUGCAGCUGAUAUGAAGUUAUUGUAACUGCUGGAUGGUAUCUCUCUAUCUCUGUGAAGACUAUUAAUGCCUUGUAAACAGCCAACACUGAAAACACUGUGAAGAUUCUGUUUUCAGGUCUGACAUCUCUAGGUCAUUUUUAUAUAUAUAUAUUUAAAAAAACCAAGAAAUCGGUGUCCUUUUAUAGAGGAAAGCAAAUACUCUUAGCUGUGUUUUAGAGAGUCAGUGCUUUUAAAAAAAAAUUACAUAAACUUGGUGACUUCCUUUAAGUUAAAAAGAAAUCAAAAAUAUACACACAGUACAAAACAGUUUGAACCAUCAGUGUUUAGAAGUCACUGCCAAACUGACACCAGAAGUUAAAACAAAAAUAAAAAUGGGGAGGGUGCAUGAGAGGGAGGGAGGGAUAUUGCAAUUUAUUCAAUAUGGUGAAUAUUUUGAGAGUGUUUGUUACAAGUUAAGCUUACAUUUUUCAUUUUCUAUACUUCAAUAAUCCUAACCAGGGCCAGAUGCUCAGACCAUAGAACUUUUAGGAUGUUCACGAUACAAGAUUUUAAGCAACUCUUUCAUCUGAAGAUGACACAUUCUAAUGAACGGGAAGAUGAAGGAAUCUUUUCACUUGUAAUCAUCACUGAUGCAAGGUUCACAAUUUUAUAAAGUUGGUUGUUUUUUUCCCCCUGGGCCUGGAAAGAGGCACCAGAUGGUAUAUAUUGCCUUGUUCCCUAUUUGUUGGAAUCAGUUUUCAAUAUUCUUUGUAAAAUGUUAUCAGAGCAAUACCCGUACAAAACUACCCGUGGGUUCCUUUCCUGCUCUGCUCUUGGUUAUCUUUGCAGCCUUUUGUGAUUUUAGAAUGUAUUACAGCAAUUGCUUUUGACAAUUGGGUGAGUUUUUGGUUCUUGUUGUUUCUGAUUUGGGGAUUUGUGUCUUAAUUUUGUGAGUCACCUUUGGCAAUUUGCAUCAAGUGGAAAGGCACCCAGAAAGGAAAUUAAUAAUAAUUUUAAAAUGUAUUAAUAACUGAGCUACUUAACUCAACAUGAACUCUUGACUUUUAGAGGAAAACUAAGCUUGGCUAUUUCUUGAAAUUGUUGUACAGUGAUUGGGAGUUACCUUUUGUAGUUUUGCCACCUCUUUGGCAUUCAUGUUUCAUGCCAAUAAUCCAGGCUUGUGAUUUUUUUUGUAGGAAAAAAAGAGAAAAUUUGGAACUACCCAAAGGCUGCAGUUAAAAGGGACCCUGAAUCACAAAUAAAAGUACUGCCCUACCAUAAUAGUCCGACCAAACAAUUAAGAUCUAGAAUUCCCUAAUCACUAUGGCACUCUGUAGCCGAAUAUACCUAAACUUUGGUUCAGAAGAUUUGGCGUUCAUGUAUCUUCAUGGUCAGAUCACUGUGGGGAAGGCUGGCCUUGAACAAAGCACAGGAAAGACCUACCGGGAGAUUUUCCCAUUGUGUGUUCGAAAUCUGGCAGAUUAGGUGUCUAAAUUGGAGCAGGUCUCUUAAUUUCUUGGUGCCUCAAUUUACCUUAUCUGUCAAAUGGGGACAGUAAUACUUCUCUACCUCA